CCAUUAAUGUUGGACAGCAUGAAUCUUAACUACAAAUAAUUAAAACCUAAAUUUGGCAACUUUUUCUGCCUGGUUCUUCUAUAUAUACUACUCAUCACAUUCACUACAAUCUUUCAUUUUUAUACCAAAUAUCAGAUCAGAAACAACAUUUCUGCAUGGAGAGUGUUCUAAUUUUUGUCUAUUUAUGCCUCUUUCUUUUUUCUUUACUCUCUUAUUCUCUGAUCAUCAAGAAAAAUAGAAAAAGAUUAUCAAAUUCAAAUCCAAAUCCAAAACCUAAUAAGCUUCCUCCUGGUUCAAUGGGAUGGCCAUUUGUGGGUGAAACUCUGCAACUCUACUCUCAAAACCCUAAUGUUUUCUUCGCUACCAAGCAACGAAGAUAUGGAGAAAUAUUCAAGAGUCAUAUUUUGGGUUGUCCUUGUGUUAUGUUGGCUAGUCCAGAGGCUGCAAGAUUUGUGUUGGUGACUCAUGCUCAUUUGUUCAAGCCAACUUAUCCCAAAAGCAAAGAAAAUUUGAUUGGACCAUUUGCUUUAUUUUUCCAUCAAGGAGAUUAUCAUAAUCACUUGAGAAAACUUGUUCUUAAUUCAUUAUCACCAUUAAAAAUCAAGAAACUCAUUCCUGAUAUUCAAUCCCUAGCCAUUUCAGCCUUGGAUUCUUGGGUUGAUGGUGGUCAUGUUAUUAACACCUUUCUUGAAAUGAAAAAGUUUUCUUUCCAAGUAGGCAUUCUUUCUAUCUUUGGUCACUUGGAUAGCAAUUAUAAAGAGAAGCUUAAUGAGAAUUAUCAUAUAAUGGAUAAAGGUUAUAAUUCUUUUCCCACAAAAAUUCCAGGGACUUCUUAUCAGAAAGCUCUCUUGGCUAGGAAGAGAUUGAAUCAAAUAUUGAGUGAGAUAAUCAGUGAAAGAAAGGAAAAGAAACUGUUGGAGAAGGAUCUAUUGGAUUGUUUUCUUAAUUCUAGGGACCAAAAUGGACAAAUUUUAAGUGAGGAACAGAUUGCCGAUAAUGUAAUUGGAGUACUAUUUGCAGCUCAAGAUACCACUGCAAGUGUUCUAACAUGGAUUCUCAAGUUUCUUCAUGAUGAUCAUAAACUUCUUGAAGCUGUUAAGGCUGAACAAAUGGCAAUAUAUGAAGAAAAUGAAGGAGGAAAAAAGUUGUUGACUUGGGGACAGACAAGGAAUAUGCCCCUUACACACAGGGUUAUUUUAGAGAGCUUAAGAAUGGCAAGCAUUAUAUCAUUUGCUUUUCGGGAAGCAACAAUGGAUGUUGAAUACAAUGGAUAUUUAAUUCCAAAAGGUUGGAAAGUGAUGCCAUUGUUCAGGAAUAUUCAUCACAAUCCUAAAAUAUUUUCGGAUUCUCACAUUUUUGACCCAUCAAGAUUUGAGGUUGCUCCAAAACCCAAUACCUUCAUGCCAUUUGGCAAUGGAGUUCAUUCCUGUCCUGGUAAUGAACUUGCCAAGUUGGAAAUACUCAUCUUCAUCCAUCAUCUACUUACUAAAUUCAGAUGGGAAGUGGUAGGAUCAGUGGAUGGGAUUCAGUAUGGCCCAUUUCCAGUACCCCAACAUGGCCUACCAGCAAGGUUUUGGAAGGAAUCAAAACAGUGUUAAGUCAACAUUUAUCUGCCUCCAUUUUAAUUCUAUUCACAAUUCUUCAUCCCAAUUGUUUUUUUCAUGGGGAUGCCUUAUUAUUAUUUCCCUUAAUUUUACUGUAGUUAGUGCCAAUCUACUGUAUUAACUCCACUUUAGUUAACUUAAUUAAUCUUAAACUACAUCUAAUAUAUUUAAUUUUAACAA